CGCAUGCGUAUUUAUACAAACCCAUUAUAAUGUCGAACUGCAGAAUUGAAACUGCUCUUGUGAAAACUACCCGGUGAAGUGGUGAAUGAGCAGGGGUCGUUUGGAUCACUGGAGUGUCGCUGUGGGCUUGUUAGACAACAAGCCAGAACAACAACAACAACGACAACAACAACAAAAACAUGUUUGGUAAAAAGAAGAGAGCACCACAGCCCAAAGGCCAGGGCGCUGCUGCAGCCAAGCAGAUGGGUUUGUUUGUAGACCUGGACCCUGAGGAGAUGAUGAUGGGUAUGGAGGAGAAUCUGGACGACCCGGACUUGGAGGCAGAACUUGCUGCUAUCACUGGAAAUAAAGCUGAUGUCAGAGGGAGAGCCAAGCAGAAGGGGAGGAGCCCUUUGCCCAUGGAAGACAUUGCAAGAAUGGCUGAUGAGUGUAUGAGAGAUGUGGAUGAGGACGAAGAUUUCGACAAUGUGGAAGACGACGAAGAUCUGCUGGCAGAGCUACAGGAAGUGGUGGGUGAGGGGGAAGCUGAGGAUGCUGCAACUGUUUCCUCCACAUCUUCUGACACUGUUGAAUCUUCUCAAGCUGAAACUCCAGAGUCCCCACAGCCGCAGCAGCAGGAAGUAAAGGUCUCCUCAGCGGCCCCCGGCAGCCUCCUGCACACCCUGGAGGAGAGGGUAGCCAUGUAUAAGACAGCCUUACAAAAUGCCAAGAGCGCAGGGGAGACCUCCAAAGCCAGGAGAUUCGAUCGCGGUUUGAAGAAUUUGGAGACGAUGUUAGCUGCUGUGUAUAAGGGGAGGCCUGUGAACGAGGCAGAAAUCCCUCCUCCUGUUGCCACUGGGGCCCCGAGGGCUCCCCCUCGCCCUGCCGUUCCUCCACGGCCUGCACCCCCUGUACCCUCGCGUCCUGAACGCUCUCCUUCGGAUCAGCAGGAGAAGUCGGAGGCCACUACACCACCGGCUGCUGUACCAGAGAUCAUCACGCCCACCAGUGAAGAGGAGCAGUCGUCUUCCACCCUGAGCAGCGUCCCAUCUCCAGAGAAGCAGACAGAGGAACUUGCUGACCUGCCGCAGACCAGUCAGACAGAUGUGAACGAGGCAACCAUGACGAUACUUUUGGAGAGGCAGAAAGAAUACAAGAUGGCAGCUCUGAAAGCAAAGAAGCAGGGAGAUGUGGAGCAAGCUAAACUUUACUUCAAGACCAGCAAGAGGUUCGAUGCAGUGAUUGAGGCAUUGGAGAAAGGACAAGCAGUCGACCUGAGUGGCCUUCCACCAUCUCCAGGACAGGGUCCGGGAGGAAGCUCUGCUCAACCGAAGGAACUUUCCUCUGGUCAAAUGGCACAUGUCACACAACCGGUUUCAGCAACUCCAGCCCCUGCAGCCCCAUCAGCCCCUGCAGCUCCCAAAGACGUGCUGGAGGCUCUCGAGCAGAGAAGAGACAAGUAUGUGGAGGCGUCCGCUCAGGCUAAAGCCAGCGGAGAUGAUCGCAAGGCCCGAAUGCAUGACCGCAUUGCCAAGCAAUACCAGAACGCCAUCCGAGCUCACAAAGCAGGAAAAGCAGUCAACUUUGACGAGCUGCCGGUUCCCCCUGGCUUUCCUCCGAUCCCGGGGCAGAAGGCGGCAGGAGCUGAGCAGGGAUUCAUUGCUGCUCUGGAGGCAGCCAGUAAGCUAGCCUCUACUGAUGCUGCUGAAGUACCAGAUGAAGAAGAUGAGGAGAAAGAAGAGGAGUCAAAUUCUGCUGUUCCAGAAGAGCUAAAGAGGUCUACGUUGGACGUCUCCACCGCAGGUCAAGGACACAAAAGGACUCCUUCAGCUUCACCUGACAGAUCAGCUGCUAGGGAAGGACUCUCACCGACAACGGUUCAGCAGCUGGAGUUCCUGGAGGGUCGGAAGAAGCAGUACAUGAAGGCGGCGCUGCAGGCGAAGCAGAAGAACGACAUGGAGCAGGCCAAGAUUUUCCUCCGCACCGCCAAGGGCUUUGACCCCAUGAUCGAGGCGGCACGCAGCGGGAAAACAGUGGACAUAAGCCUGGUGCCAUCGCCCCCUGGUGACGAAGACGACGACUUCAUCCUGGUUCAUCACAGCGACGUUCAGAUCUCAGAGAAAGCAGAGCAGGUUUACAUGCAACUGGCCAAGAUCCUCAAAGAGCAGUACGAGAAAUGUAUGACUCACUCCAAGCAAUUCACACACCUGGGGAACGUCUCCGAAACUACAAAAUUUGAGAAGAUGGCGGAGAGUUGUAAGAAGAGUCUGGAGGUCCUGAAGCUGGCUCAGUCCAGGGGUCUGUCCCCUCCUAAACAUCACUUUGAGGAGAGGUUGUUUCGCACUGUCAGGAUAUUUCCAGAGCUGAGCAGCACUGACAUGGUGGUUGUUAUCGUAAAAGGGAUGAAUCUUCCUGCGCCAAGUGGAGUGCAAACGAACGACCUGGAUGCCUACGUCAAGUUUGACUUCCCCUACCCCAGCACGGAGCAGCCUCAGAAACACAAAACAGCUGUCAUCAAGAACACUAACUCCCCAGAAUACAACCAGAGCUUCACGCUGUCAAUCAACCGCAACCACCGCGGCUUCAGGAGGGUGGUGAUGUCUAAAGGCCUCAAACUGGAGCUGCUGCACAAAGGAGGUUUCCUGCGGAGCGACAAGCCGAUUGGGACGGCCCUCGUGAAGCUGGACAAACUGGAGUCACACAGUGAAAUCAGGGAAAUUGUAGAGGUGAUGGAUGGUCGUAAGCCCACAGGGGGUCGGGUUGAAGUGAAGGUCCGACUGAGGGAGCCCCUGAGUGGUCAGGACAUGCAGACGACCACCGAGCGCUGGCUGGUGAUCACCCAGUCACAGGUACUUGUUUAGAUAAUCCUGGAAGAUUCAAGAUAACAUACAUGAUACAGAUUAAAAGGCACUCCGGCAUAAAGUCUCUGAGGAGGAAGGGGUGGAGAGAGGAAGGCGUUUUGGAUCUGAUGAGGACGGUCUGUCAUUCAGAUUAGACUCGGACCUACAUGGGUCUUUGACUUUUUCAAACUUUUGCACAUUUGCAAGACACAAGAGCUCCCUUUCACACAGCAGUCGACCAGGAGGAGGAAAGGAACCGGUUUAGUGUAGGUCAGCCGGCCUCUGGCUCAGUGACAUGAACCUCGUGUCUGUCUUCAGUCUGAGGGGCUGCUGUGGGGUUGUGAUGCACCAGGCAGACUUUAGGGCAACAAGGUGAAGGCUAUUUAAUUAAUCUGAUUUAAAUUAGAGAAAAACACUCACGGUUGCCCACAAUUUUUCCUCGUGCAUCAGUGCGGCUCCUGGAGGACGGCAGUGUGUCCUGUGCUAAUGUUGAAGGGGCUCAGUGUCGAGCUAACCUGAUCCUGCUGCCCGACUUGACUUUAGUUAAUAUAUUAUAUCAAAGAAUGUGUACAUAUAUCUCAUAUUAUACAGCUCUGGUAUCUAGAACUGCACCUAUGCACUAAUACCAAAGUAAUCACAGUUGCUGUAAAAUCCUGCAUAUUUGAAAUCGCCUUCAGCUGCCAAACCUGCUUCAGUGGACGACACGAGAGGGUCAUAUGUGUGACGGUACGUAAAUGGUCAGGGUUUUCUAUUAUUUUUCCACACAAUUCAUCUGCUGCUCAGUGUGAUAACAUCAGGCAGAGGCAGUACCCUCACAGAUGUUUUACAGGAGUAUGCCACAUAAUGACGAUACAAUACAAUGUACAAUUAUAGAACUAUUUUAAAAGACCACACUCCGUUUUUGGCACCUUUCACUUUGAUUAAUAAGUCAUUAAACUGUGGUUACUAAACUGUACAUGUAUUUAUCCCUAGCUCUAAGUGUGUUACACUUGCAUCUCACUUGUCUUGUUUACACUGAAUAGCAGCAAUUUGAGCAGUGUGUGUGAGAAACAAGUUUAAGAGUUUCAGUCUAGAAAGCUAAAUAUCUUAUAACAGAUAAUCAUAUCGCAGAUGAUUAUGUCAAAAAGUAUUUUCUAAAUUAACACCAAAAGGCUGACUUAGUUAAAGUAAUAGUUCAACCUUUUGAGAAAUGCACUUAAAUCGUUAAAUGAGAAGAUGGAUACCACUCCCGUGCCUGGGGGUUAAAUAUGAAGCUGCAGUUGGAACACGCUUAGCUUAUCUUAGCUUAGCGUGAAGAUCAGAACAUCUCUCCAAAGUUUAAAAAUACACUUCCCCACACCCCUGAAGCUAACUAAUGGACACGUUGUAUCCCAAGCAGAGAUGUUUUGUGUCUGUAGGUGUAUUAUUUUACACUUUGGAGUUAGUCAGGCUAGCUGUUUCCCCUCUGCCAGUCUUGAUGCUAAGCUAAGCUACGCAGCUCCGGGCACAGACAUGAGGGUGGUGUUGAUCUGACUCUCAGUGAGAGAGAAAAUUAGAUAAUUUCCCAAAACAUUAAACUAUUUAUUUAAAUGUGUGGAACUAUUUUUCUAAAACUAUGCAUCACUUCUCUCAUGCGGUGGAUACUGAAUCUUGGGGUUGAUCCCUCAGUGUUUUUAAAAGGCCAGUUCACCCAAAUUACAAAAAGAAAUUUAGUAAAUGGUUUAUAACACACUAUAAUGUUGUUAAAAGCAGGUAUGUGUUUAUUAAUGUUUGUCAACAAGUCACUCCUAUGUGUGCAACCAAAAGUGGAGGCAUUAUAAUGAAAAUUCACUAGCACGCAGUUGUAUAAAAUAAAGUCUAAGAAGUUAUAAUUGUUAAAUACUGUACAUUAAUACAAAUGUAAAAAAGUCCUAAUAUUUGCGUAUAACUACAUUGUACUGUGUUAUAAACAUUUAUUAAAUGCGUAUUUACUGCUUAUAAA